AUGGUUAAUAUCAUUCCAAUCGUUUCGUUAGCAGCAACAGCGCUACCAUUAGUUCAAUGUAUCACUUAUUAUCAGCCAGUCUUCAAUCCAUCUGAAUUAGAUUUCACUUAUGGUCAAAUUUUUGAGAUAGAAACAAAUGUUAAUACUUCUAAUUCAUCAUUAACACAAGCAAAACCUCCAAUCAAUGAUCUUGAUUAUGCUCAACUUUCAAUUCAUUAUGAUUCUUCAAAUUAUUCUAAUUUCACAAGUAAUGGAACAAACUCUUUGAAUGACUAUCUUAGUGAUGAAUCAAACAAAAUCGUUGGUGUUUUACAAUUAUAUUCAAACGGGAAUUUCUAUACAAAAAAUGGUACUGAUUUUGCUUUAGCAAGUUAUAAUGAAACAACUUUAUUUGAUUUAACAAAUCCUUUGAAGUUACUUCUUGAAAAUGGACAAUAUGAAAAUUUAAACUCAAAUGGUUCUACUAUCUUUGUUGAUAUUCAAAGAGGUUACAGUGGUGCUUUUGAUAUUGAUGAUGAUGAAAAUCGUGCAAAAAUCACAACAGAUUUAAAGUCAAUUAAAUUAUUCAAUGUUACAAUUAAUGGAGAAAUUAAACAAAAUUUAAAAGCUGAAGGAUUAAUAAUUCGUCAAUAUAAAUCAUACAACACAAAUUUCAAAUCUGAUGAUACAACUAUUGAAACUUAUUCAUUUGAAUUAGAUGCUAUUUUAUUUGAUACAAAAUCUGAUUUUAAAAAUAGACAUAUAGAAGUUAUUGAUUCAUACAAUUGGACUAAUUCAUCACCAAUUGAAUCAAAUAAAGCAGAAAAGUCCAGUGAUGCUGUACAAUUGGUUAAACCAAGUUUUAUGGCUUCAUUUUUGGUAAUCUUGGGAUUUGUCUUAGCUUUACUUGUUUAG